CUCCAUUUACAGCUCGAGAAGACGCCAACGCAAGCCAAUCGGAGGCUUCAAAACGGAGCUGUCCCGCCUUCGGCCGGGGAGACCAAUCGGAAGUGCGGGCGGUGUGUUUGAAAGCGAGGCCAAGGAGGGUGGGGAGCGCGUGCUGCUGGGAGUUGUCUGGAGGCCAGCGGCGCGGGGCUGAGCGCCCUCGGGCACAGCAGUUAUGUCGCACAAACAGAUUUACUAUUCGGACAAAUACGACGACGAGGAGUUCGAGUACCGGCAUGUCAUGUUGCCCAAGGACAUAGCCAAGCUCGUCCCUAAAACCCAUUUGAUGUCUGAAUCUGAGUGGAGAAACCUUGGUGUGCAGCAGAGUCAGGGAUGGGUCCAUUAUAUGAUCCAUGAACCAGGUCAGUACAAUGUAAGGCAGCUUCACUCCGCCUGA